UGAGGUCUUUCCGAAUGGGCUUUCCUUUCCUUGGUCUGGACGAGCCGAGAGGGCAGAUACUGCUGGGAGGGUGAGAUAAAAUGUCCUGUUGGUUGCGGAAAGAGACGUUAGCGUUGGCAGAAGAUUACAUGGACUUCUGCAUCGGGAUCCAACGGACGCCUCCCAGCGAAAAUGCCAAGGCCAUGCGACAGCUCGCGAAGGAGAUGGAGCGACGGUACAAGCCGAAAUUUCACCCUCUCGCUCAGGGCUUCAUCAACGGCUGCGGACCCGACCUCAGCGCCAGUUUGAAGAGGGUGAUGACGGAGCUGGUAGGAGACGGGAAGCUGAACUGGGGAAGAGUCGUGUCUCUGUUCACCUUCAUGGGAAUGGUGGUCAAUGAACUGUACUCCAGAGGAGAGAGCAGAGAGAAGUGCAGAAGACUAGCAGAGACCAUAGCUGACUACCUCGGCGGGGAGAAACAAGGCUGGCUAGUGGAAAACGAGGGAUGGGAAGGGUUCACAAAGUUCUCCCACUGUGCGAGGGAAGUGAAUAAGGAAUCAUCGGUGAAGACGGCACUGUUUGCUGCGGCGGGUGUGGGAAUUGCAGGCCUAACCUUUCUCCUUGUACGCUAGACUAAUUUGUCCUCUGUCCCCUUUUCUUUAGAUCCCAUUCCAAGUAUUCAUUAAUAUUAAUUUUACAAAUAUUCAACGAAAGCCUUAUCCUCAGAGUUUGUAAUUUCAGGUUUCCGGGUUAGAAAUGUGAUCAUUCCCAAGUGUCCAUUGGAUGUUCCCAGAAGACCCAAGUCUUAGUUAACAUUAAUUGCAGUGUGCUUUGUUCUUAACUUUGGGGGAAAAACAGGUUCUCAAAUCACUGGUUACAAGUCCAUCAUCACAGAACAUAAUGACUUCAGCAACUGUUGAAAUGAAUGUUAUUGUAAAAAAAAAAUGACAGCUUAGUUUAAUUCUUCUGUCAACGUUAACAAUAAAGCACCCUGCACACAGUCCCGUGAAUUGAUUCUUUUAAGAGAAUAAACGGUCCAGUGCUCAAAAUGAGAAAACGGUGCAUGCAUCUUAACACAGUCACAAGUGCAGAGGCCGUGUGUGAGGACAGAAUUUAGUGGCCAUAGUUGUUUUGCUACAAACUCUUUUUGUACUGGCUCUCUGUCCACGUUUUUGAAAUAACACAAUCCGGUGAACUGCUUUGCGAAUUCUCAAGUCUAAUGAUAUAUAUUAUUUAUAUUAAAUAAAAAAUGUAAACAAUCCCAUUUGUGGAGUUGGUGAGUUGCAGCUUUCAUUGCAUCUGCGUUUUCAUUUCACUGUCUUUGUAACUGAAGCAUUAAUUUACUGUCUGGUUGUGUUUUUAGUACGAUUCCCCUUA